GAGCCCGACGCUGAAAAGACCGGAAGUGUAUUCAGCAUGGCUCUCACAGAUCCGAACGACGUCUGCAAGAUUGCUUAUGAUGGAAAUUUACCGUUGUUAGAAAUGAAAAUUAGAGGAAACAAGGAUCUUGCUACAAAGAAAGAUGAAACAAGUAGAAUGCCGUUACAUUGGGCAGCAUCAACUGGGAGAGUGGAGAUUGUAGAAUACCUCCUCAGUCUCAAUGUUCCGGUGGAUGCUCGGGAUGAGUCAAACUGGACUCCUCUUAUGAUUGCGUCCUCAGCUGGCCAUGAAGAGAUCGUGUCACAACUCCUUGCUAAAGGAGCCCAAGUGAACGCGGUGAAUAAUACCGGGCAGUGUUCACUUCAUUACGCAGCGUCCAAGGACAGAUAUCCAAUUGCAGAAAAGCUCUUGGAGCAUGGAGCAGAUAUCAACAUCUUUGACCAGUAUGGACAUAUACCAUUACAUCGAGCAGCAUCCAAGGGUCUGGUGAAAUUGGUCAAGCUUCUUCUGCAGUACAUAGUGGAUGUGAAUUACAGAGACACGGAGGGAAAUACACCUCUACAUUUGGCUUGUGAGGAGGAGAGAACUGAGGUAGCCAAACUUCUUAUACGACAUGGAGCUAAAGUGGAACUUUUAAAUAAGGAUGAAAAAUCUCCAAUUGAUUUGGCACCACCUAGUUUAAAGAGAUCCUUACAGAAUGCUGUUUCUUGAUGCCAUUUGGAAUACUGUGAAACAUUUGUUUAGAGAAAGCCUGCCAUUCAGGGGACUGAUCUUUGAUCUUACACUGUCAGACAAAGACAGCAACAAUUUUCAUAACUCCAGAUAAUUUCCUGAUACAAAACUUGGCAAUGAAUUUAUAUUUGUGCAUGAGUAUUGUGUUGCCUGCAUAAUGAUAAUUUUGUCUGAGUACAUGUAGUUAAAAUACCACAGUGAUUUGAAUUUUUUAUAGCGUAUCACAUUUCUGUGUACAUGAAAGUAUUUAUCCUAGUCAGCACUGAAUUGCAACACCUACUAGUGUUCAAGGGCAUGGCCAUCUUCACUAUUGAAUUUGAGUAGAUAUGGUCAUCUUCACUAAUGAAAAUGAGUAGAAAACAUGGCUACCAUCACUAAUGAAAAUGAGUAGAAAACAUGGCUACCAUCACUAAUGAAAAUGAGUAGAAAACAUGGCUAUCUUCACUAAUAAAUGGGAGUGGAAAGAUACAGCUGAUCUAUAAUCUCUACAUUUAUUAGUGCCUGUUAUUCCUUCGGUGUUGUAAGCUACAUGUGUGUGUUUUGACUCUGAUAUAAAAUGUAUCAUCUCAAUGGGUCCCAAGUUAUGAGGAAUUGUUCUGUGUGCUCUUGAUAAUUAGAGACAAAAAGCCUAUACAUGUACAUUUAGAGCUCUGAACUCCUAACUAAAAAAUAUAGGUCAUGACAGUGUACAGAAUUCAGUUUCUUGAUAGAGAGAUCAAAUAUCACUAGCUUUCAGACAUGCACAUUUUGUAUUGUUUAUAUUAUGCAAGUAAAAAUAAAGUUAUGCAUUUAAUUAA